CAGCGAGGAGGACAGCAGAGAAACAUUGGGAGGAUCUCUCAGCAAGCGCUCGCUAGGAUCUCUUGAAUUUCGUCACAAACCUUCAAACAAGAACAUGUCACUGAAAAGCAGCAAGACCGUUUUCGUGAGGCAUUGAUCUGCCAACAAGUUUUGCAUUCCAACCUGGAUCCAUUCAUCGCCCUCGGAGUAGACCUCAUCCUCUGUCAACGUUCAAUGAUGUGUCAAUCUUGUGGAUCAGCCACCACCAAUGAUCUCUCCAGAUGAGGAGGCCCUGUGGUGGUCUGCUCACUUCUCGGUGGUGUAGUGCAGCAGGACUCACCCCUCCGUAGCUCUGCGUGAAGUGGAGGUGGAGGUGGAGGUGGAGGAGAGAGGCGAGGCGAGGUAGCAGGGGAGCAUGUUCCCUUUCGGCCGAGAGGAGGAGGACUCUCGGGAUAGACUUUUCGGCUUCUUCAAGGGCUGCCUCCGGGAUGGAGAGUGGGAGCUGGCCGCUGCCUGCGUGCCCCAGCUGGGGAGGGCUCCCGGCGGGGUGCCCCAGGAGCUGCGGGACCUCAUCUGGGCCAUCGUCAACCACCCCUAUCCUCUGGCGUGGGGGAGGAUGGGCAGCCCUCAUAAACUGGCCUGGUUCUGGAUGCUGGUCCUGGAGGACUGGACCAAAGAGAAGGUUCCAGAGGCCCUCAGGACGGAGCUGGAGUUCAUGCUGGCCCUGGAGGAACUGGGAGACGGCGUCCCACAGACGGCGCUCAAGGAGAUCCAGCAGGCGUUCUGGGACUCCCACUCUGACAGGAAAAUGGCGUCCCCCAGCCCCGAGGUCCUGACCUGUGUAAGGGACCUGCUGAGGCAGGGCAACCCCCGGCUGGCAGAGGCCCUAGUCUGCUUCCUCCUGCGGGGCUCCGGUGAUGGAGGAGGCCCAGGCACAGGCCCAGGUCCAGGCAGCAGCCAGUGGGACUACUCCCUCCAGGACGUCUUCAUCCAGCACCUCCUGGACAAGCUCCAGGAGCCCCAGUCGGAGGCCUGGGCAGAGGAGGUGGCCUCCGUCCUGGCCCUGAUGCCCUGGAGUGCGGAGAGGCCCAAGGCGGAGCUGGAGGAGCUCUGGGAGGCCCUGUGGGGGUCCAAGGAGGGGCCGCUGGACGAGGGCCGGGUGCUGGGUGCCCUGCUAAGGCCCAAGGAUCAGACCCUGGUGACACUAUACAGCGCGGCCAGCCUGAGGCUACUCAGGGAGCAGAUACUGAGGGAGGCCCCGCACACUAAAGAGGAACUACCCGAAGUAGAGAAGCUGAUGCUGGGGCUCUGCUGCCAUGACGACCGCCCCACAGCGUGGAAAGCCAUCUAUUUCGAAUGCCUCAGCAGCGGCAAGCACUUUCUUGAGCAAGUGCUGGUGACGGGGCUGGACCUGGCUAAGAGGUGUGAGUAUGGGCGUCUGGAGGACCUGCUGAAGGGGGAGUUCCAGCCCCUGGCCCGCCUGCUGCUGCUGCUGGGCUGGCCACAGUGCCCCACGCCUGCCUCCGCUCGCACACUACUGCAGGCCCUGCAUCACCAGCAGCCCUUGGCCAACGACACGGUCCUGAGUCAGUUUGCUGACAGCCUGGCCUCACAGCUCGGAGUGCUGGAGUGGUGCGCCAAAAACAACCCGGAUGUGAGUGAGGAGGUCGUCCAGUUUCAGCUCUUGUCUCUGGGCCAGCACUCCGCUCUGUAUGUGCUGCACUCCCUCACGGCCCUGGCCCACCAUGACGACAAGCAGCUGCUGGAGCUACUGCGCAGCCUCAACCCCACUGGACACACAGAGUUCUCUGAUAUCGGUGAAACGCGUGGUCUUGCCGCCCGGCGGAACGUCACCCUCUUCCAAGGCUUCUGCGCCAUGAAGUAUGCUGUAUACGCCCUCUGUGUGAGCGCUCACACACACGCCGACUGCAAGGAGUGUGGGCUAACAUCUCAACAGGACAAGGCAUCAUCAGACACGCAGGAGAAGAGCGAGACCACCAGUCACUCAGAAAGUGCCCAGAAGCAGUUCCAGCACUACAUGUCCGAGUGUCAGCUGUACCUGGAGGCGGUGCCUGCCCUGUUCCGCCUGGAGCUCCUGGAGAACGUCUUCUCCCUGCUCUUCCUCUCCAGUGCUGACCUGGCCUCCACAUCACCACAGACACCCCCUGGCCCUGUCCCCACACCCUCGUCCUACAAAGGAACCCGUGAAAUAGCGGCAGAGAACCCAGAGGAGAACACCAAUUCAUUAGGGACUUCGCCCAGCCAGCCGGAAGGACCAGGGGUGGGGAAUGAUGCUCAGGGAGGUGUCGUCAGCUCCGAGCCCAGCAAAGGUCACCCGGACCUGGGCCAUUUGACAUACGGCUGCCGGGGCUUCCUGGCAGACGUGCGGGCCAUGGAGGGCUUCCUUCGGCUGAUCCGGGAGGGGCUGGAGGGCCUGAACGUGCCCGUGCCGGGCCAGGACGAACAGGCCGCAGAGAGCCUGGGCUGCUCCGUCACGGCGGAGACGUUUGAGACGCGUCUGCAGAGGCUGUCCAAGCGCACCGCCGAGGCCCAGUGGAGGCUGCAGGUGGUCACCAAGAACCAGCGCGGACGAGGCGGAGAGACGGACUCGCUGCAGAUGCCCUCCCCCCUGGCGAGCCCUGCGAUGUCCCUCAGGCGUGGAGCGAGCGCCUCCAGCAACGGGAGAAGGAGACGCAGGCCCGGCCGCCACAGAGGACCCCCCGAGCAGCACCUGCCCACCGACAAGCAGAACGGGGAGUUCAGUGCCACCACCUCUGAUGGUAGUGGAGGUUCGGUGUUGUCCCGUGUGGAGCAGGAGACGUGUCCGUGUAGAGGGGCCCACUGCUGGCUGGUGCCCGCCAUGCUGGCCCCCCCAGAGUCCCUGCUGGUCUCCUGCAUACGCCGCGGCAACUUCAUGGAGGCACACCAGGUGAUGCUGAUGUUUGGUCUGGAGUCGUCGGGCUGCGCGGGGGAGCUGGUAUUCAUGGAGCGCUACCGGGAGGUGCUGACGGAGCUGGCCACGGUGGAGCAGAAGAUCGAGAGCCAGGCGCUCUCCUCCUCCUCCUCCUCCACCGAGGGCCUGGCCUCCAUGGCGACGGCAGUGAUGGCGGUGGCCGGAGCAGGAGCAGGGGCAGGAGCAGGGGCAGCAGGUGUGCCGGGCAGGAGCCGCCUGGGCAGCAGUGGCAGGUCCACCCUGCAGGCCAUCGGGAGUGCUGCUGCAGCGGGCAUGGCCUUCUACUCCAUCUCCGACGUGGCUGAGCGUCUGAGCAGCUCCCCUCACCGCCCCAUCCCUCCCCUGGAGGAGGACUACUGGUUGUCCCAGCUCCCCACCACCGCUACCUCCUCCUCUUCCUGCUCCUCCUCCUCUGUGGACGCCUCCUCCUCCGUGGCCCUGCGUAGGCUCGUGGAGGAGCUCAGUGCCCCGUCCAUGGCGGCGUUUGACCUGGCCGUGUGUCGCAGUCAGCUGUGGAAGAGCUCCCGCCAGCUGCUGGAGACCGCAGAGCGCAGGCUAGCUGCUAGCAUGGAGAGCAGAGGAGUGCGUCUGGACUCCAAAGUGUGCCAUGCCGAUGGCAUCAGGGGGUUCCCCGCUGUGCUGCUGCAGAUGAGUAAGGUCUUGAACCGCACAGCCACAGGGAAAGCACCUGCCAAAGGAGAGGGUAAUGGUGAGGAGCCUGCUCUGGGUGCUCCAUUUGGCGGUAGUGCCCAGGAGGUGCUGCUCUCCUGCCACCCGCUGCUGACGGAGGAGGCCAUGGCCAGCCGCCUGAGUCUGGGGCAGAAGCUGGAGCACAUCGCCCAGACCCUCACCUCCGCCGCCGCCGCCGCAUCAGGCGGUGAGAGUCGCCCGUGUGCCGGCCUCCUCACCGCCCUGGUGGAGCAGGCGGGCCUGAAGCAGGCGGAGCUGGACGUCCACCCCACGCGCUCCGCCAUGAAGCAGCUGCUGCGCGUGCUGGACCAGCUGUGUCCCUUUGAGCCCGACGCCGGCACCAGCCGACCCGACUACGUGCGCACCUUCCUGGACUACGUCAACACGCUGGCCUCCGUGCUGGUGCGGAGCAUGGGCUCAGAGGCGGACCAGGCGGCUGAGGUGAAGCUUGGCAACCCACUACUAGUGCUGCAACAGUCUCCUUCUCAGCUGCUCUCAUACCUGCUCUUUGAACGACAGGUGUCUGCGGACAGACUCUCGUCUCUGCUGCAGCAGGAGGGUUUGGGUCUGAGCGUGGAGCAGGUGAUGAUUCAGCACUGCUGUGAGCCGCUGCCCCUCUGGAACACGCGCAGACACACCACCACCAGCAACACCACCACCACCACCACCGCCACCACCACCACCAGCGACGAGGCUGAACCUGAGGCUGAACCUGAGUCUGGAGCCGGGGCGUUCAGCCCUGUGCGCAUCGCAGCCCUGCUCCAGCAGCACGCCCACAAGCACAACCUGGAGCUGGACCUUCCCCCCUCCCUCUGCGCGGAGCUCAACUCCCACGACUCCUCCGAGCUCUCCACCGAGGAGAGCAGCCGGGCCUCCUCCACUGGCAACCUCCUGUCCACCUCCCCGACCUCCUCUUUCGCCUCCUCUGCUUCCUCCGCCGCCUCCUCCUCCUCCGCAUCCCUCUCCUCCUCCUCUGCCGCCCCUUCGUCGUUCCUGCUGACGCCGUCCGCCCUGGCCUUCCUCAAGUCCCGUUCCCCGGUGCUUGCCAUCCUGGCGUGCCUCAGCGCCACCCGCGGCGGUGGAGUGGUGCGCCCCUCCUCCGGCUGGCAGGGUUACUUCCGCACCGGCGCCCGCAAGGAGGCGCCGCUGGACCCUGAGCAGAUCACCCGCGAGGCCCAGGCUCUGCUGCAGGACUUCCCCUUCCUCAAGGCCUACCUGCACCUCAUGGCAGAGCCUGUGCUCGGCACCUCCUCCUCCUCCUCCCCUUCUCCUCCUACAACUCCCUCUCCUCCCCCUCCUCCUCCUCCUCCUCCUCCUCCUCCUCCUCCUGGUUCUCCAAAAAGCCAGGAGGUGGAGGUGACCGAUGAGGGUCUCGUGACCGCGCUCUGUGGGACGCCGCUGGCAGCGCUGGUGCUCUCGGGGCCCCAGAGCGCGGCGGCUCAGGCCCUGGUGGUGGAGGCCUUUCAGCAGGCGCUGGAGGCGGGGGAGCUGGACAGGGCGCUGAGGCUGCUGGAGCUCUAUGGGGAGGGCGGAGCUCAGCAGGAGCUGCUCAGAGAUCAGCUGUUGGCCUUGGCUGCUCAGGAGGCUGCUGAGCAGGGCUGGGAGCACCUGUUCUGGGUGCGGGACACUAACCUGCAGGCGCGGGUGGCCCUCCGGGUGCUGGACGUGUGGCCUCUGGGGGCCUGCCGAGAGCUGCUGGAGUACUGCCUCAGCAAAUCCAACAUGGACGCCGCCCUGCAGGAACAAAUGCACAACAAGAAACAGGAGAUGGACAUGUACCAUAACAUCCUGAGCUUGCAGCCUCCACUUCCAUGGGAGACCUGGCAGGAGCUGAGAGAGGAGUCCAAGAAGGAUGCGGAAGCUGUCAUGGCUUUGUUGCUGGAGACUCGGGAGUUUGAGCUGUGUGGUCAGUGGAUGCAGCUGUACCCGGUGUCGGAGCAGUCCAGAAUGCAGCUGCAGACUGAGCAUCUGCUGCAUCUUCUGGAGAAGGGACGCACAGACGAGGCCACCCAGCUGCUGGAUGGCUUAUCCAACGUGUCCCAGGGUCUGGAGGUGUGUGAGCGUGCUCUGGACCGUCAGCCCACCCUGCGUGCCUGCCACUUCCUGGCCGACUACCUCACAGUGCACUUUGAGAGCCGCGUCUCCCCUGCCCGGCGCAGGCACAUCCACGCUCUCCACCUGGGCUCCAAGGUUCUGCUGACGCUCCCGGAGGGCUCCAGACAGGACUACUUCCCGCUGCUCUCCUCCCCGCUGCUGAUGCUGGAGCAGCUGCUGAUGAACCUGAAGGUGGACUGGGCCGAGGUAGCCGUGGCAACGCUCCGGAAACUUCUGCUGCUGGGCCAGGAGGCGGGCGUCACCAGCGAGGACAUCGACGCGCUGCUGUCCACCUACGCCCACAAGGCCCUGGAAUUCUCCUGCCAGCCCCGCGAGAGGUCUCGAUCAGACUCUGUCAUCAGCCUUCAGGAUGCUUAUCUGCAGUGUCCUGCACAGUCAAGCUGCCCUGCCUCACCCUCAAUAACCCCACCAACAUCCACAGUCAGCACACCCAUGCACACGCCCUCCUCCACUGGCCGGAAAGGGCAGACCCCCAACACCCCCUUCACCCCACCUCCCAAGCCUCCUGGCCGCAAGGACUGGAUACCCGACCACCAGGAGCCCGUCUGCAUGGUCUGCCUACGUGAACGCUUCACCAUGUUCAACAGGCGUCACCACUGCCGGCGCUGUGGCAGGCUAGUGUGCCAUACCUGCUCCAGCCACCGGAUGGUGGUAGAGGGCUGCGAGGAGGAGGAGGCGCGAGUCUGCGAUCAGUGUUACAACUUCUGCCAUCCUGAUUCGGAUGAUGAGCUGGAUGAAGCUGAAGUAGCUGGUAGUCCCGGUGCUGGCCAGUCGAUGUUGGAGGGGAUGUUGCGACUGCCCGAAGUCCCGGAGAGACGCUUCAAGCUCAGCAUCAAUAAAGAAGACAACCAGAAGCUACUCAACGAGUUCUACUAUGAGCAGGCUCCUAGCGCGUCCCUGUGCGUGUCCAUCCUCUCGCUGCACAGCGACCCCGCUGCCUGCGGCCACCAGCUGAUUGGCCACUGCCGCGAGCUCUCGCGCACCCUGACCAAUCCCGAAGUGGACGCCCGUCUACUCACCGAGGUCAUGCGGCAGCUGCUCUUCAGCGCCAAGCUCAUGUUCGUCAAGACGGGCCAGAUGCAGGACCUGUCUCUCUGCGACAGCUACAUCAGUAAGGUGGACGUGCUGAAGAUCCUGGUGAUGGCAAACUAUAAGUACAUCCCCUCGCUGGAUGACAUCCUGGAGGCUGCCGCAGUGGCCCGCCUCAGGAACCAGCUGCUGGAGAGUGAAUACUACAGGCUGGCUGUGGAGGUGUCCACCAAGAGCGGGCUGGACCCGGGCGGCGUGUGGCAUGCGUGGGGCAUGGCGUGCCUGAAGGCAGGCUUCCUGAGCGGGGCGCGCGAGAAGUUCGCCCGCUGCCUGAAGCCACCCGUGGACCGCGGGCAGCAUCACCACGGCUCCCGCCUCCUCCAGGACAUCCUGCAGCACCUGGAGGCCCACAUCCGGCCCACUGCAUCCACCGUCGCCAUGCCGCAGCACCCUGAGGAGGACAUCCUGGCCUCCCUGCGGGAGCUGGAGGAGUCCCUGGCGGGCACGCACCCGCUGGAGCACCUGGAGGGCCGCGUGCAGCACUGCCGCCACUACCAGGAGAGCCUCCACUACCUGCAGACCUACGGCACGCACCUGGCCCUCGUCAGCUUCUACAUGCGCCACGACGGCAUGAAGGAGGCGCUGGCCUACCUGCUCAGCAAGGAGUGUCCAGAGGAGGUGUUUGUGGAGGCGGUGCUGCUGCCGUGUCUGGAGCGCGGGCGGCUGGCGUCCCUGCAGGGUCAGCUGGAGAGCCUGGAGCCCAGCCUGGAGGGCUGGAGCCGCUACCUCAUCGUCUGCUGCCAGCAGCUGCAGAGACGAGGACACUACCACACGCUCUACCAGCUGCAGCAGUUCAUGGCCGACCACGUGCGUGCGGCGGUGACCUGCAUCCGCUUCUUCUCCCAUGGGGCCGAGUCGUACCUGCAGCUGGGGGAGCAGCAGCGCUGGCUGGUGAGGGCCAAGGAGCACCUGAGGACCUACCUGCAGGAGCAACAGGCCCGCACCGCACAGCGCAAGAAGACACUGCCAGGCAGCAGCGCUAGCAGUAGCAGUAGCAGUAGCAGUAGUAGCAGCGGCUUCCGCAAGAAGAUGUCAUCCAGCGACGUCACCAGGCAUAUGAACACUAUUGAGCUCCAGCUGGAGGUGACUCGCUUCCUCCACCGCUGUGAGGCCUCCUCCUCCCCCUCCAAGACCUCUGGGACUCCCACCCCCACGCCCACCACCACCACCCCCACCAGCACAUCCAAAGCCAGCGCUCCACCCACGCUGUUCGGUGGAGGCCAGAUGAAGAUCGAUGUAGCUUGCAAGGUUAUGCUGGGUGGAAAGAACAUUGAAGAGGGAUUUGGCAUUGCAUACAGAGUUAUACAGGACUUCCAGUUGGAGGCGCUGGCGGUGUACACGCGUGCGGGCCAGCGUCUGGUGAGGCAGAGGCAGUACGGGGCCGUGCGGCAGCUCCUCAAGUGUGUGGGGGAGUCGGGUGCCGCCACCAAGAAUGACUGCGACGCCAUUGUACUCAGCUGCAUCUCCCUAGCCGACAAGUCCCCCGCUGACGCCAAAGAACUUGAGGGUCUGAUCCUUGAGUGUAAAAGCACAGAAAACAAGAUUAAGGCCUACCUGCAGUGCAGUAAGCUGCGUGCGGCGUACCUGCUGGCGGUGAAGCUGGAUGCGGGCCGGGCGGGUCCCCUGGUGCAGGAGGUGCUGCAGGCGGCCGAGAGCUCGGGGGACUCGGUCAUGGAGAACAUCUGCCGCCAGUGGCUGUCCGAGCACCAGGACCGGCCCAACAGGCAGAGGCAGGGCCGGCCCAACGCCAGAUAGGACCAGGACCGGCAGGCUGAGGCCCAACGCCAGAUAGCAUCACGACCAGCAGGCUGAGGCCCAACGCCAGAUAGCAUCACGACCAGCAGGCUGAGGCAGGGCCGGCCCCCACGCCAGAUACCAUCACGACCGGCCCAGUAGGUAGAGGCAGGGCCAACGCCAUGUAUCCAGGGUCCAUUUACACAGCAACUGUUUCCCAAUAAACUGCACCCCUCCCCUCUCUUCUCUCCCGGCCUGGUCCCUACUUCUCUGACUGGUGAUCGGACAGAGGCUGGGCUGUACUGACCUACCAAAUGCCCCCUUCUCGCUCUCCCUGUCUGGCCUAUCCUUUGGUGACGAACAACCAGGUGAGGCUAAGAUAAGGCAGAACCAGGGCCAGGUAAUCAGAUGGACUGAACUGAACUGAUGCACCAGCUGCCUCCCUCUCGCUCUUCCUGGCAUAGCUCUGUCUGGCCUGGUCUCUGCUUUGGUGAUGAACAACCAGGUGAGGCUAAGAUAAGACAGAACCAGGGCCAGGUAACCAGAUGGACUGAACUGAACUGAUGUACCCACUGUCCCCCUCUGUUCCUGGACUCCACUACCGGCUGACUAGGCAAAAACAGGGCCAACACAUGGCCAAGUUGCCCACCUGACCUGACUCACCCACUUCCGGUCUCGCCCUGACCAACUUGGCUUUUCUCCAAUAGCCACAGGCUCCAUCCCUCACCCUCAUCUCACUGCCUGAAACUACGUAUGCCUUCUGCACCAGACUGUGCAGAUCAACCGUCCUCACACCUUGAGGAACUUUGUUCACCGCAGUGCCAAAACUGUCCUCUCUUUGGGUCACUUAUGCCAGUGUUUAGUUUGAUGGAGGAGCAGCAGGAGAUUGGUGAGGAGGAGCAUUUUUGAAGUUCAAAGCCAGAGACUCAAAUAUGCACACAAAACUGUAACAUAUCAGUCUGUUCUACUCUUGGUUUCAUCUCACCUUCUACCUAAUACCUCACUAGAAAGGGAUGCUUCCAACACCCUAUUGUUUAUUUUGUAGGAAGUCGUAAAAUGCACUGCGAUCAUUGUAAGAGGUCACAAUGUGGUUUUUUUUUUCGAUAUUUGGCCUGGCUGUUUACAGGCAACAGAAGUCUAUUAUUUGACUGAAAACUGGCUAUAGGUGUGGCUACCGAGGUGGUUCACGCGCCUUGAUG